UGGCCCCUCCCUCCUGCUCUUAGUUCCUGUCGGCUUCUCCAGUCACCGCCGUAUACUCUUCUUAGACCUUCAAUACUCAGCAAUGGCUGCCCGCUUCGGACUUCUAGGGAGAUCACUGCAGCGGCUCAACAGCUCAGCCAGACUUCCCUCCAGCGCCCCGGGUUGGGCUGCCGUGCGAUGCCAACACACUCAGGCCAGCGACAAUGAGGAGAAGCUGCGACCAGAGACAUCCCAAACCAGGAGCUUAAUGGAUAUUGGCACCAGACGUGUCUUCAGUGCUGAUCAUGACAUUUUCAGAGAGAGCGUUAGAAGGUUUUUCCAACAGGAGGUGGCGCCCUACCAUGCAGAAUGGGAGAAAGCUGGACAGGUGAGCCGGGAAUUGUGGGAGAAGGCUGGCCAGCAGGGUCUCCUUGGUGCCUCUAUUCCAGAAGAGCAUGGUGGCAUUGGUGGUGAUAUCCUAUCAUCUGCUGUUGUGUGGGAAGAACAGAUGUAUGUGAAUUGUACAGGACCUGGCUUCAGUCUUCACUCCGAUAUCGUCAUGCCUUAUAUCUCACGAUAUGGCAGCAAGAGCCAGAUAGAGAAAUAUAUUCCACAGAUGGCGGCUGGUAAAUGUAUAGGAGCCAUUGCAAUGACGGAGCCAGGAGCUGGAAGUGAUCUGCAGGGUGUGCGGACUAAUGCCAAGAAAGAUGGAAGUGAUUGGAUAUUAAAUGGCAGCAAGGUAUUUAUUACAAAUGGAUGGAUGAGCGAUGUAGUAAUUGUUGUUGCUGUCACAAACCGCGAGGCUCGUACCCCUGCUCAUGGCAUCAGUCUCUUCCUCGUGGACAAUGGCACUAAAGGUUUUGUUAAAGGGCGGAAACUAGAAAAAAUGGGCUUGAAGGCACAGGACACAGCAGAAUUGUUCUUUGAAGAUGUCCGGCUUCCCGCUGAUGCUUUAUUGGGAGAAGAAAAUAAAGGUUUCUACUACCUAAUGGCAGAGCUUCCUCAGGAGCGACUAUUGAUUUCAGAUAUGGCCAUUGCUAGCUGUGAGUUCAUGUUUGAAGAAACCCGGAACUAUGUCAGGCAAAGGAAGGCCUUUGGAAAGACUGUGGCACACUUACAGACCGUGCAGCACAAGCUGGCAGAGAUGAAAACGCAGAUCUGUGUGGGUCGCACCUUCAUAGACAGCUGUCUCCAGCUUCAUGCGGAAAAACGCCUGGACUCUGCCACUGCUUCCAUGGCAAAAUACUGGGCAUCUGACCUCCAAAACAGCAUAGCCAAUGAAGGUGUUCAGCUCCAUGGAGGCUGGGGCUACAUGUGGGAAUAUCCUAUUGCAAAAGCCUACGUGGAUUCUCGAGUACAGCCAAUCUAUGGUGGCACCAAUGAGAUUAUGAAGGAGCUUAUUGCAAGAGAUAUUGUAAAGGACAAAUGAGCUUCCUUUGUAGACCACACCCAGUGCCUAUAAUAAAUGUGAAAUGGUUUGUCCAAAUUGCCAACUUUUUGAUACUGACUGAUUUGAGAUAUCGUAACCUGUGUAUUUAAGGCCUCAUUCACACAGGGGCCUUUAAAUGUACACCUGUGUGAGGGUCGUGUUUUAGCUAUAGGGUCUUGUGAUUAAUGCAUGUGGCCUUAGAGACCUGCAGAUGCCUCUGUUUAGUCUCCUUCACAUUGCUCUGAGUACUCCGUGUCCCAUUCGAUCUGUUUAUCUUAUCGCCAUUGUUAAUUGUCUGGGGCUUUAUUCGUUUAAAGUCGGCCAUAGAAGGUUCAAAAUUCUGCCGACUCAGCAGGAACCAGCCAAAU